UCCUUUUGGUUUGGCCGGUUUAUAUCCGCCCCCAGAGUUUGCCUAUCUGUCUCUCUCUCUCUCUCUCUCUCUCUCUCUCUCUCUCUCUCUCUCUCUCUCUCUGUCUUCUCCUUCUCCACUCACCCUCUCUGUCAUCUCUCUACACAGAAGACAAUCAUACGCAGAGGAAGCACCCCUAGAGAGAGAUCAACACAUAAGUCUCAGCUUAAGCACGUUUUGGAGAUUUUCACCGGAACUCAAAGCUCUGAGGAAGGAUCUUUACUAGAAGAAGCGAACAAAGAUGCCCAGGUGGAUCUGUUGUGGUGGGCAUAGACGAGGAGAUUCUGAUAUAUCAAAUGAUGACCAACAUCUCAAAACUCAAUGGCAGCAACCUGAUGCAAAUAAGACAAGACCACAAGCUGUUGCAAAGCCUGAGGCGCCCAAGGAAGCACUCCCCAUUGAAGUUCCUCCCUUGUCUGUGGAAGAGGUUGAAGAGAAGACUGACAAUUUCGGAUCAAAGUCGCUCAUUGGUGAGGGAUCUUAUGGAAGGGUGUAUUAUGCUACUCUUAGUGAUGGUAAAGCAGUUGCUUUGAAGAAACUCGAUGUUGCCCCUGAAGCUGAGACAAACACCGAGUUCUUGAGUCAGGUUUCAAUGGUUUCAAGACUGAAGCAUGAGAACUUCAUUCAGCUGGUGGGUUAUUGCGUCGAUGAGAACCUCCGUGUUCUUGCUUACGAGUUUGCAACGAUGGGAUCGCUCCACGACGUCCUACACGGUAGAAAGGGAGUGCAAGGCGCGCAGCCAGGUCCAACGCUUGACUGGAUAACGAGGGUGAAGAUAGCAGUUGAGGCGGCUAGGGGUUUAGAGUACCUUCACGAGAAGGUUCAGCCUCCUGUUAUACACAGAGACGUGAGAUCUAGCAAUGUGCUUCUCUUUGAAGACUAUCAAGCGAAAGUUGCUGAUUUCAAUCUCUCGAAUCAAGCUCCUGAUAAUGCGGCUCGUCUUCACUCUACAAGAGUCUUGGGCACCUUUGGCUAUCACGCUCCAGAAUAUGCUAUGACGGGACAGUUGACACAGAAGAGUGAUGUGUAUAGCUUUGGGGUUGUGCUUCUUGAGCUUUUGACAGGGAGGAAACCUGUGGAUCACACAAUGCCACGUGGCCAACAGAGUCUUGUAACCUGGGCUACACCGAGACUGAGUGAAGAUAAAGUGAAGCAGUGUGUUGAUCCAAAGCUAAAAGGAGAGUAUCCUCCUAAGUCAGUAGCUAAGCUAGCAGCGGUGGCAGCAUUGUGUGUGCAAUAUGAAUCAGAGUUUAGACCGAAUAUGAGUAUCGUUGUGAAAGCUUUGCAGCCACUUCUCAAACCUCCAGCGCCGGCCCCUGUACCUGAGUCUUGAGUUUGUUGGAUUCUUUCUUUGUUCAUACAAAGUUUAGUUUGUAUUUUGGUGUGACAGGGAGGGAUACUUUGAUAUUUUGCAUUUGUUUUAUGUCUGGAUUGGAGCAACAAAAGAUGUAUUGCGUUUGCUGUUCUUUUGACAUUUCCUUGGGGAAUCAUUUGAAUAUUUGGUCUCAUUUGGUCUCUCGACUAUAUAUUGACACCUCUUUUCAAGGUUAA